GGCUGUUACGUUUGUAGAACUCGUGGACACUUUUCAAUUACAAGUUUUGUGGGCCCACGUAUGGUUUUUAUGGCUGAAUACUCAUUUGGAGAUAAAGAGUAUGACUCUAUGAAGAGAAUUGUGUAAUUUUCAGUAACAAAUAUUUAUGAAUGGUUAAAAGUUUUUUUGAAGUUGCUGACGAAGAUUGUCUCAAUGAAUGUCACGAGUGUCUGAGUCGUAUCCAAUCGUAUCGGGUGUCGCAGUUGUUCAAAGCUACUCGAAGACAAACUUCUGUGAAGUGUGCUGAAGUGUGUGGUUGUUGCUUAUAUACUAUACAAACGAUAAUUUGUCAUGUAAAAUAUAUUAUUUCACCGAACUAUGUUUCUUAAUUGCUACAUUAAUAAGCAUUAGUUAUCAACCGUAUGCUAUUACAUCAUUAGAAAUAUCACGGCGGAUAUACAAUACCGUCAUGGUUUUUGAAUCAGUAGUGGCUGAUAUUUUGAACAUUUAUAUCGGUGACUAUGUAGAAAAUUUGGACAGGUCACAACUGAAAAUUGGAAUAUGGGGAGGUGACGUUGUUUUGCAAGAUCUUGUUCUCAAGACAAGUGUUUUGGAUGGGCUUGAUUUACCUGUGAAGUGUACAUUUGGGCACUUAGGGCGGCUAGUUUUAAAAAUUCCAUGGAAGAAUUUGUAUAGUGCUCCUGUUAUAGCAACAGUUGAGCGUCUUUUCCUUUUGGCAGUACCAGAACCAGAAUGUCAUGACCAGACCGGCCAGAAAGCUAAACAAGCAUUAUUGCAAAGAUUAGAAGUUGCUCGCUGUCUGAAGAAAGAAGCAGAUAAGGCAGAUUCUUCAGAUACUUUUGUAGAGAAGUUAGCUACACAAAUAAUAAAGAAUAUUCAAAUUAAGAUACAAGAUAUACAUAUUCGGUAUGAAGAUUCAGUUACUAAUCCAAAAUGCCCAUUUUCUUUGGGUAUUACACUUCAUAACCUUUCUGUUCAAUCUACUGACAAAAACUGGCGUGAAGGUAUAGUCCAGGAUGCAUCCACUAUGAUUUUCAAGGUGUUAAAUCUGAAAGGGCUUGCUGUGUAUUGGAACUGUCAAAGUUCUAUGUUUAUGCAAAGUGAGAGUAAAAUGGAAAUGUUGAAUUUAUUUCAGAAAGGAAUAUUUUGUGAUGAUAAACAUCCAGAGAAAUUUGCAUACAUUUUGGGACCUAUCACUUCCGCAGCUCGACUACAAUUGAAUCCUAAACCUGAGAAAGGUGAUAAGCCAUUUGAAUUUCCAAAAAUUCUUUUGACUGUACUAAUGGAUACAUUGGCAGUAGGAAUAAGCCAAGAGCAGUAUCACAGUCUUGUUGAGCUUCUUAAUUUUUUUGAUUUCUCCAAUAAAAUAUCAGAAUACCAAAAGUGGAAGUUCGCUAAAAAUUGUAUUUUAAGUCGACGAUGGAGAGGUGUGAACUGGGAACAACUUAGGAGACAUUGUAUUACAUGUCGAGAUUAUGCAUCGUUAUAUAUGCAGAAACUUCAAGCAGGAGGAACCAUUCCAGUUGAUGUGGAAAAUGAAGUUUGCAGAUGUGAAUCUGAACUGGACGUAUUUAACAUAAUACGAAUUCGACGUCAAGUAGAGGCAGAGGUGGAGUGGUUGAAACAAAAAACUCCUAAGGAACCUCAAGCUAGUGGUUUGUCAUCAUGGAUCGGUAGCUGGUGGAGGGGAGCAGACACUAGUGAAAGUAAUGAACUGACAGAUAAGUUCAAACAUGAGUUGACUGCUGAAGAGAAGUUAAAACUCUAUCAAGCCAUUGAUUAUGAGGAAAAUGCAGAUCCUGCUCAUUAUCCAGAAGAGUUUGUGGAACGACAAGUUGUUUUCCACUUAGGAAAGCUAAUUUUAAAUAUACAAGAUAAUAAAUGUAGAGUUUUGUUGGCAAAAUUAAGUGGAGUGUUUUCUUCAUUGGAACAGCGACCUUCUGCUGGUGCUUUUAGAAUGUCACUGAAAAUGUCUGAACUUGGUGCUUGGGGCAUUGGAGAUGAUGACACAUCUCCUCAUUUGGUAAAGUCUUUGACUUAUUUGGAAGAUGGAUCAGAAUCUGUCCUGAUGAGACUUCUACUCGAAACAAAUCCUUUGGAUAAGUCAUGUGGGCGUAGGCUUCAUAUUCAUGCGUCUCCAGUACAACUUGUGUAUGAUGCUCACACAUUUAUGCGACUAGCUGCAAUAUUUGAAGGACCACAAUCGGAUGUGCUUGUACAGUUGCAGGCAGCCGCUGGAGCCCAAUUGUCUGAGAUGUCUGCUCUUGGCCUUCAGUAUGCCAUUGAGCAUCAUGUGAUGACAGAAGUGGAGAUAGAUCUAAAAUCUUCAUAUGUUUUGAUUCCAUUUGAAGGUUGUUAUGCUGGGCCUGGUGAUCUGAGAGAUGUACUAGUUGUAAAUCUGGGUCAACUAAGUGUGCUGACUCUCCCUCGUGAUGUGGCUUCAAAUCCUAGGCUACUUCACCAGCGAGGUCUUUCAGCAGAGUCUAUUGUUGCAACAAUGCGAGAAGAAAGUUAUGAUAGGUUUUCAUUGGAGCUGAAGAAUGUUCAAGUGUUGUUUGCAUUAUCUGGUGAGGAUUGGGAAGUUGCAUUACACAACCACAGUUCUAGUUAUAUGCACCUUGUAGAACCUAUUUCUUUCUCUUGUCAAGUGGAUAAGUGUCUUGUUCAAAAUGAUCCCUCUCUUCCUAAUUUGAAAAUUGUAGGGAAUCUAUCUACAGUGUCAUUCAUUAUUGAAGACAACAGAAUGAUACACUUGAUAAAGUUGUAUGAAAGUAUACCUUUCUCAGAAGAUCAUGAAAAUUUAGAGGUUGUGAAUUCAGAAAUGUACUCCGCUAACACAGUUAAUGAAAUUUUGGAGGGUGGUGAUUCUAUAUCUAGUAUCAACUCAGAAAUGGUGCCCAAUUCUGUGAAAUUAGAUCUCAAGUUUGUCAUGGAAGGAGUAACAGUAUCUUUCUUUAGAACACCAUUUUUGGGCAAGACUCGAUUGAAAGAUUACAAAUCUGAGAAAAUGUUGGAGUUACAAGCUCUGCAUUUAGGAUUCUCUCUCUUGCAACGAACUUCUGACAUAUCAGUGACUGCUACUUUGGGAGGUAUUUCCCUCAGUUACUCAGGCAAAGAAGGAACUUUGAAGCUCUUGGAUCCCUCCAGCAACAUGCCAGACAAAAGUAGAGAAACUGAUAUGUUAACCAUCAAGUACACAACUGUUGAAAGAGCAGAGAAUAUUAAUACAGGAGAAGAUCAAGUUCAGCAAUUCCUUGAGGCUGAUUUUUCCUAUCUUACGGUGCUGUUGCACCAUGAAAUCUUAUUGACAUUGCUGGAUUACGGACAAGUUCUCAGCCAAUGUAUGGAAUCUCCCUCCACUGUAUCUCAUGUGCCUCAUUCACCUCAAUCAGUGGUAAAGUUUCAAAAACAUGGUAAAAGGAAAACUGAGUCAAGCCUGAAAGUUUCUGCUCGUCUUCAUGCAUUCAAUAUAUCUUUACUGCAGCAGCAGCAACCCAUAGCUCAUUUUAUGGUGGCAGGAAUGGAAGCCAAUGCGGUUAUGAAUAAAACUUCUACAUCUAUUUCAGCCCGGUUACGUAAUGUGUGUCUGUUGGAUCCUAACCCCUUAACAACACAUAAUAAGAUUGUGUCUAUUUUGGGGAAAGAAGCUUUGUCAUUGGAAGUGGUAAUGUUUAACAAGCUGAACAAAAGACUCAAGAAUGGUAUUAGCAUGACUAUCAAAGCUCAUCUAACAAGGAGUCGUAUUGUGUUUUUGAAUAGUUUCACUCAAGUUGUAAUGGGAUUUUUAAACAGUUUCCAGAAAGCUCAAGAAAAUAUUGUGCAGGCAGUAGCAGAUGCUGCAGAAGCUGCUAAAAAGAAAGUUCUUGAUGCUCAUGCUGCAUCCCAGUUUGUGGUGCUGGAUAUAAGUUUUCAGGCUCCUCUCAUUGUGGUCCCAGUAAAUAAAACAAGUUUGGAGGUGCUUCAAUUAGACUUUGGUCAAUUGUUAAUCAAAAACGAACUGGAAACUAGACCUGCUGGUCCUAUAGAUCUUAUACGAUUCAAUUUACAUGAUCUUCAAGUUGCAAGAGUGAAGCUGACCCAUAAUCAAGAAGUGGCUUCAGAGCAGAAAUUAGUUCUGCCAGUUACUUUCGUUCUGCAGCUGGCUCGGUCAUUGACUCAGUCUGUUGAUGGCUUGGUGCCUGAAAUUGCCAUGCAUGGACAUUUAGAUAACUUGGAAGCUUCUUUGAAUUGGAAUGAUGUCCAAAUGAUAAUGCGAAUUUUAGCAGAGAAUUUUGACAGUGAUAAUACAAAUUCACCAACUCUGCCAGUGUCACCUGAAAAUGGAUUGAAAAUAGUAUCUGAACAAAGAGAAGCAUCCCUGAAUUGGGAGCUUUAUCUUAGCAUGUCAACUUUAAAAUUACAUCUGGGACUUAACCAGUCAAACCAGAUAAAUUUUGCAAUGACUGGGUCAGAUUUUGCUCUCAAGAGAAAAAAGAACAUGCAUAUGGCUUUUCGUAUCAAAGACCUUGUUGCUACUAAUCCUUUUGGUGAAUCAGCUUAUCAAAGGGUAGUUGCUGUUGAAGGAAGUGAAGCAUUGUCUGUGGAAGUUGUGAUGUUUGAUCGGACUGCUAGCAACAACGAAAAUGAUAUAACUGUGAAAGCAACUAUGGCUCAAAUUCGAUUUAUCUACUUGCCUUCACUCAUGUCUUCUCUGAAGGAAUUUCUUCUUGCUUUUAAUUAUGAACCAGAAGGUAUAGUAGAGGCAAUGGCAGGUGUAGCUGAAGCAGCAAAAGGAGAAGUUAUUGAAGCACACAAUCAGGCCACAAGGAUUGGACUAAAUAUAGAUUUGAAGGCACCUGUUAUCAUUCUUCCAUGUCAUGGAAUGGACAAUGAUGUUCUCCUAUUGGAUUUUGGAAAUCUGACUAUAACAAAUGGGUUUCAAAUCAUAACUGAUCCUGAUACUUUCAAUAAAGUACUUAUUGAUAAUAUGGUAUUAGGUCUUCAAAAUCUUAAAAUUUCCAGGGUGGAACUUGGACCAACAGGGGAAAUAUUGAAUGAAUGUUGGCUUCUCCAACCUAUUGAUUUUUCUAUGGAAUUGAAGCGAUGUCUGAGCACUCAGAAAUUUUCAGCAGUCCCAGACCUUGAUCUUAGAGGUUGUUUAAAGACAGUUGUGGUUGCUUUGAAUCAAGAAGAUAUACAGUUGGUUAUGGGAGUGUUAAAUACCUUUUCUAAUUCAGAAUCACAGGGCACAGUUGCUGUCGCAGCCUCUGCUCAGAUUGAUACACCCGGAGUAAUGCAAAAAGAAACAAGUGGUGUGUCUGUUUUGUUUUCUUUCACAAUGGAAAAAUUAAUUGUGGAACUGUUUGAUGAAAAACCAAAACUGCUCAAGUUUUUGGAUGCUGUUUCUGAUUCACAUACUAAGGAAAGCAGUCUUGCUCGUUGCUCACUUAUUUUACUUGUAAUCAAUGGCACAAUGGCAGAAGAUGGCACAAUUUCUACAAACCUGCAACUCACAGACUGUCAGUUAGAUGACAGUCGUCAGGAGAGGCAAAGUAGAUUAACACGACUGCUGGAAAGUAAACAAGAGCAUUUUCCCCAGAAGACUAUUCCAGAGACAAGAAACAUGGAAAUUACCUACCACAAAAAGGGACAAGCAACUGAUGUGAAGGUUCAUGUGUACAGCUUCAAUCUGGUAUUGAGCUUAGAGUACCUGCGGCAAUUUGGAAAUUUCCUAUCUAAAGCAUUUGAACAACCUGAACAUAAUGCUCCUAAAGGACCCGAUAUUCGAUCAGCGGUUUCUCAGCAGUUUAGUAAUUUGGCUUCAUCACCUUCUGGGCACCAUCCUACUGAAGCAAUGUUUUCUUUAUUCGUGCAUGCUGAAAAUCCAGAUGUAUUUUUAGUGGAAGAUAUGGAGGAUCCAAAAACAACUUCUCUUGUUUUAAAGAGUGACAUCAGAUGUGGAAUUUAUCAGACACAGACAGAUACUGAAGUACAAGGAACUGUCCAAGGAUUGCAGAUCUACUCUUGCUGUUAUCAUCCUGACUUACGUAAAAGCACCAUGUCACAGAUUGUACAGCCAUGUAGCAUGAAGAUAGAAGGGUCAACAACUCAUUUUGAAGUACAAUUUUCUAACAUUCGGCUGAGAGUUUCUCCAGGUACAAUAAAUCUUCUGAGUCGCGUAAUAACAGCUGCUUAUUCAAGGGAAGAGAAUAUUGGAGAAGAUCAAAACACUGAAGUAAACUAUUCUGAUAUAUGGAUUCCAAAGUCUAUAAACAGUUCCAGUCACUGGUUCUUGAAAACAGAAAUUGGAGAAGAAGCCCUGGAGGUCACUAAAAAACCGAGUCACCCAAAGUCUGAGCCACAGAAAACAAGGGAAGUCUGUAUUUUGAAAAUGCCUUCUCUCACGGUGACAGUAGAAGCUGGAGCUGGUUCUUGUACUUUGCCUAUGAUCAUGCUGACAGCUGGCAUAAAUGCUAUUGCGUUGGAUUGGAGUUCGAAGCUAAUUAUAGACGGUUCCAUGUCUCUACAAAUGGCUUAUUAUAACAGUCAUCUUGCUUUAUGGGAACCUCUUGUGGAGCCAGUUGAAGUGACUCAUUUUGGGAAAUCUUCUCAUAAACCUUGGGAACUUUUGGCAAAGAUUGAGCUUGAGAACUCUCUGGAAACAGAUAAUGAAGGGGAUACUGGGAGAGUUGAACAUUCAUCAAUGAGGAUUAAUAUAGAGUCUCAGGAUAGCUUGGAGCUUACUGUUACCAAGACAUGCCUGGAAGUGUUGACAGGACUGGGACAGGCUUUCCAGUUAGCAGGAGAUGAAGUUCAGCGAGAAGGGCCACCUGCACCAUACCACGUCAUUAAUCACACAGGAAUUGCAGUGUCACUUCUUCUGGGUGUUGGAUCAUUUAAGGAAUGUAGGCAGAGUAAUGAAGAAUGCCUUUCGAAACGAUUUAUAGUCCCUGGGGAAAGUGUACCACUAAGAGUGGAAGAUCAAAUUGACCUUCAAUCACCAAUGAGCCUCUUAGCUCAAGGACAGGCUCAAGAGAAAUAUUUAAGAGUUUUGAUUGAAGAUUUGGGUGAUGCUUUGGAUUUACCAGUGGUGCAAGCUGGUCAAAGGCAUUUUCCUUUGGGUCAAGAUUGGGGGCUUAUAUCAGAUGUUCGUGUUGAAUCAGGAAGCACAAUAGUGACUUUACGAAGUGUUGUACAAGUAUUUAAUAACUUGGGAAUGCCUAUUGAUAUUCAUUAUCAACCUGAAAUCAACUCAGAUUUGAAAUAUGUUGAUACGGUUCCUUCUGGAGAGCAUAUCGAUUUGCCCUUCUAUUCAUUGUACACGCCUAUGAGAGAAUUGCACAUAAGUGUUCCUGGAUACAAGAAAAUUCCAUACGCAUGGUCUCAAGACUUUUCUCUGACAAUGUCUGUUCUUCAUGAUUGUAAAUCUAUUCAACGCUCCAAUAAGGAAUCUGUCUUUCUAAGGAUUAUAAGAGAAAAGCAUCAGGCAUAUUCAAAGAAUAGUAACACUCAAGGAUCUAAUAGUAUUUUUUAUAAACUAUUUGUUCAACCAGCAGUCAAACUGAAAAAUCUGUUACCUGUUGGAAUAACUGUAUCUCAGCCAGAGAUAAGUGUUAUACAUGUACUGACUCCAGGUGACCGAUUAAAUAUUGCUACUGCACGCCCUGAUGAUAGCAAGUUGUCAAUACAGAUUCCUGAUUAUCGACAAGAAGCCUGGCAUUGUACGUUUUCUUUGAGUGCUUGUGAAUCUUCAGAAUUUUCUGUUCUUAUAUUCAAAAAUGAAAGGAAUAUGUCUUUAUCCAUUGGGGCACAUGCAGUAAAAAAGCAAGGAGUGUUUAUAGUGACUUUGUACAGUCCCUACUGGAUACUAAAUAAAACUGGUUUGCCUUUGUCCUACAAGCUGUCAGAUGGUUCUGCUUUAGUAACUCAUCAAUCAGGUGAUGCUAGAGCUGCUGUUAUGUUUCCUUCAUUUUCGGGUAAUAUGAAAGCAGCUAUUCAAGUUGCUGAUGGGAAUUGGUCCCAAUGUUUCUCUUUGGAUGUUCCUGGCAGUACUGGUGUUGUUACUUGCCCAGCUUUGGGUCAACUUUAUAGACUGGGUGUUAGCGUGCAACUCAUGAGGUGUACUCUUACAAAGCAAGUGACCAUAACACCUCACUUUGUUCUAAUAAAUUCAUGUGAACAUGCUGUGGAGUGUCAAGAAGCUAGCAGACCAGCAGAUUUAUGGGUUAAAGUAGAACCUGGAGAUAGUUGUGCAAUAUGGCCUGUCAAUCCUGACAACCCUGUGAAACUGCGAGCUCGAAUGUCUGGUACUCAUCAGAUAUCUGCUCCUUUUCCAUGUUCUGUUGCUCAUACAACUCUGCUUCGACUUGAUAAUGAGUGGGGAGGACUGAACGUUGAUGUGCAACUGAAUGAAUCUUCAGUGUAUAUUACUUUUGCUGGCUAUGAACCAGGACAAGCUGCUGCUCUGCUGGUCAAUCACUCAGACUCGAGUAUAUCUUUUUCCGAAAGGGGUUCUAAUGCAAUCAAUUUGUUAAAUCCUGAAACAGAAGUAUUGUUUACUUGGAGUGAUCCUACUGGCCCUUGUGAGAUUGAUUUCAUGCUUAAUACGAAACAUGCAAUUGACAAGGAAGUGUGUCAACUACGGCGAGAUGGAGCAGGAAGUAUAGAAAUACAGCGAGGAGUGCACAUCUUCUGGAGCUCUUUUCUGGAUGGUGCACAAAGAGUGAUGGUCUUCUCUAAAGACUCAACAAUUACUGAGAGUGGCCAAGAACUGGGAAAAGAUCGUGUUAUUAGGAGCUUGACUGUUAACCUUUCUGGAUUAGGUUUGUCUAUUAUUGAUAAUGAAGAGAGAAUUGAAGUACUCUAUAUUGCUGUGACCAAAAUGCCGCAAAAGCUCAGAGAGAGAUAUAAUAAGGUACCAGGAGAGAAGAAAAAUCAGGUUGGCCUGUGGAUGAAAGUGAAGUGGUUUCCUCAUGAAAUGCAAGUGCAUGCUAAACUGGACCAUUUGCAGGCAGAUUGCCAGUUACCUGAGAGUACAUAUCCUGUUGCACUUGCCCCAGUGCCACCGUCUCGAUCUGUGGCAGCUAGCAAUGUGGCACGACCAUUUAUGGAGUUCAGUACGGUUGUACGAAAAGCAAAGCAUUCAAGCCUUCAACAAAUACAAUAUUGCAAAACUCUCAUUCAAGCCUUCCAAGUGAAACUGGAUAUGGGGUUGAUAAGUGCUUUGGCAGCACUUGUGGAAGCUGGAGAACCCUCAGAUGAAGUAGAAGUGGCGCAGUUUUUGGAAGACUUCCUUUUGGUGAAGGCUUUACUGCCUGCUCAUGUUGCAUUGGGUGCUUCCAGAGGGCAGAAACAUUACUUUUGCCUCCUACAUUUCUCUCCUCUCAAGAUACAUUUGAGUUUAUCUUUAAGUGGAGAUGCUGGCGUUAGAAAAGGCCGAGAACCACCUCAUGCACUGCGAGUGCUUUUGCAUAGUCUUGGUGUCACACUCACCAAUGCGCAAGAUGUUGUUUUCAGAUUAGCAUACUUUGAGCGUCAAGAUGCACUCCUAAGUAUUCAGCAACUUUUGAGCCAGGCAAAUGACCACUACAGAAGUCAAGUACUUAAACAGUUGUAUGUACUUGUAUUAGGUCUAGAUGUUUUGGGUAAUCCUUUAAAUUUUGUGAAAGGACUCAAACAGGGAGUUGAAGAUGUAUUCUACGAGCCAAUUCAAGGGGCCAUUCAAGGACCUGAAGAAUUUGCACAAGGCAUUGCUUUAGGAGUUCGUAGCUUUGUAGGUCAUACUGUUGGAGGAGCGUUCGGAGCUGUAUCACGCAUUACAGGAGCUGUGGGAAGUGGUGUAGCUGCAUUAUCAUUUGAUGAAGACUAUAAGCGAAAAAGACAAGAAGCUAUAAGUAAUCGUCCUUCUAGUGUCACAAAAGGUCUGGCACAAAGUGGAGAAGGUCUUGUAAAAGGUGUUAUGGAUGGAGUUUCUGGAGUGUUUACAAAGCCUAUCUCUGGGGCCAAGAGAGAUGGAGUAGAAGGAUUUUUUAAAGGAUUUGGAAAAGGUAUGGUUGGUCUUGUUGCUCGCCCUACUGCUGGAAUAAUUGACUUUGCUAGUGGAUCUUUUGAUGCCAUACGAAGAACAACUGAAACAACUGUGGAUGUUGAAAGGCAGCGACCUCCUCGAUUCUUUAGAAGAGAUGGACGUGUUCGUCCUUAUGUUUUUGCAGAAGCUGAAGGAAACAAAAUAUUACAGGAUCUUGAGAAGAAAGAUUUUGCUGCAUCAGAUACAUAUGAUUGUCACAUUCAUGUUGAAUCUUCUGGACAGAGCAUCCUGCUACUCACAAAUAAGAGGGCGAUGCUACUAUCUCGUAGUGAAUUCUUUGAGACAUGGAAGAUGGAAUGGCAAUUACCAUGGGAAACAGUACAACUUCCUGUUAUCAUGGAAGAUGGCAUUUAUCUUUCACUUAAAGGAACACAAUUCAGAUCAUCUGGAAAGGGGAGUUCAAAAAAUUUGUCUGGUCGCAAGGUUGUCCUUAAUAAUCCAGAUAUGGCUCAAUGGAUUGCUGAAAAAAUGAAAAUUUUAAUAAAACAGUGAUUUAUUGGGGAAAAUCUGCAACUCACACCUGAAAAUUUAGUUAUUGAAAGGACUUCAUACUACAUUGUUAUUUCCAAUUCAAGCAUUGCAGCCUGUGUCAAAGACACAUUAAGCCAUGUAAAUAAGGCCAAAAUAGGUUUUAAUGUUUCUGUUGGCGAAGCAUUUACUUGAGUUAACAGGUCAAAGUAUUAAUUAAUUAAUUCAUUCAUUCAUUCUAAGUAUGUGCAAACAUAAAUGUAACAUUAACAUAGCAAAUAUUUGGAAUGAAUGAAAUCCUGAGUGCCUUGCUUAUACGUACCUGCAUUGCUGAAAAGAAAAUUUGUAUUUUUAAUAUAAAAUUUUUAUCCUUUUUAAAUAGUUUGUUUUUGUAUUGUAAGGAAGUUAGGUAGUAAGCAAAUAUUUAGUUGGAGCAAUUAUUCCUGUACUGCCUAAUUGGAUAAGAAAUCAAUUGUAUGAUAAUGUGAUAGUACUUGUGUAUUAUUACCUAUGAUUGAAGAAAACCCUUUAUCAGUGAUUACUGCAUAAGUUAUAGGUUAGUCUGCUUCUCCUCUAGAAAAUAUUCAAAUUUAUAAGUAAAUGUAAAUUGUUAUCAACUUAUGUUUUUGUCUGGUCUAGUCACCCUUGCAAAAUUAGACAUUUUUGGAUGUGAUAUUUCUUUAGUGGUAUUUUUUCCAAAUGUCAUUAGCUGCUGAACUCGUGAGAAAGUUUCUAUAUACCUGAAUUAUAUGGAAGCAUUAGAUUAAUGAAUUACUUGGUAUUUGAUUUUCUGAAAUAGUAGGUCCCACCGCUAUUAAAUAAUAUUAUUAAUAAUAAAGAAAAAUAGCAUAGUUUGAAUAAUUAAGAGAGUAUUUACCUUCCAUGCUUCAUUUAAUUUACAAGCCUUAUAUAGUAAUUACCGUAUUUACUCGAAUAUAAGACAACCCCCUAAUUUUGAAGAGAAUUUUUUAAUUUUUUACUAAUUCUUAGUAUUUAGUCAAUGCUUUUUUUCUCUUUUGGUCCUCCUUUCCAUGCUGUAACAUCUUCUGAAUUUUUAGGCCCUUCUGAAAGUUUGCGGACUAAAUGUGUGUUGUUCAUAGUCUUUCAUCGGAUGCCACCUGAGAAUAUUCACUUUUGUUGCAAGAUUUUCAUCCAUCCCACACUUGUUGAUGGUCACUGUAUCAGAAUUGGUCUGAAUUCUGAAUUGCCGAGCAAAUUCGCAGUGGAUGCUGAGAAUACGAAUGCGAAUACAACAACAUAUUGUAGAUACACACAAUAUUCUUACUGUCUUCAGUUUGUUAUGUCAACAUUUACAAGUUUCGUGACAUGGAAUGGCAAAGUAAAAACUUAAACACUAACAGAAUAUAAGACGACCUCACAUUUUUCUUCUUAGGUAUUUCAAAAGAAACCUAGUUUUAUGUUCGAGUAAAUCUGGUAAUUGAAUUGAAUCAAUUUGGUGACAAAAUUUUUAAAUGUGUACUCAUUAAAAAUGAAUUCAGUUGACAAAUUUUUUCAAUGGGUAUUGUAAUUAAUAUAUAUCUUGAAAUUACAUAUUUUCUGUUGUUCAGGCAAUUUGUAAAAUUUCUAGAAAUAUUUCUGACUUAAUAUGCAUUUUAUUUCUAAGAAAUGUGCCUUAAUGGGUCUUCACUCUAUCUUCAUAUAUUAAAACUACAAAUAGGAGAAUUAGUAAGAAACCCUUAUUGUGAUACAAAUUUGUACACAUAAAAACAGAACAUGAAUUUCUGAAGACUUUCCAAAUGAAUGGCUAUGAAAUACAUAGUUUAUUUUAGAAUGUUUUUGCAUCAUGAGACUGUCAAAGUAGUACCUGUGAUUUCCUAGGCAAGUUGACAUUCCUUGUUCAGCUCCUUAUAAAUAAUUUAUAAAGAUAUGUCAUUUACAUUGACGUAAAAUGUAUCAUAGGUGUUCAUUUUUCUUAAAACUAGUUUAAUUUUCACAUUCUAAUAUAGAGUUUAGUUAUUUCCAUCAAUUAAAAUAGUAUUUUAUUUUGAAUGAUUAAUUAAAUCACUAUUUGCUUAUUAAGAAUUGUUAUGUUGAAUUAUUCCUUGUACGUUUAAAUUGUAAUCCAGAAAAGUGUCCUGAUGAAUUUACAAAGUACAAAAUUGUUGAUGUGUAGCAUUUGCUGUUUAAAUAUGCUCUGGUAAUAUUCUUUUUCAAACCUAAAUAUCCAGAAAAACAUGUUAAACAGAAUUUAUACAUUUUUAAAGUUUAUGUUAAACAUUUUCUCCCAAGAAUAAAAAAGAUUAAAAGUACUUAUUAUUAGAGGAGUUCAUUUGUAUAACAAUAAGGCAAUGAAAAAAUAUUGUUCAAUUCAGAGGCUUCUCUUUCUGAAAGUAAAUUCAAGUCAGCAAUAAGUGUGAAUGUUGUAUACAUUGAUCUGUGAUAUCUUAUUUUAUAUAACUCCUAGGAGAUCAUUGAAGGUUAAGUGCAUAUAAGUUAUUUUUUUCAUCCUAUUUCAAUAAAAAUGUUGAUGUAAGAUUUACCACUUGUUUUGCAACUGCAUGAUUAAUAAAAAUUGCUCAAAACU